UGGUCGUCGCCUGAAAUCUCCAGAGCCGCAACCCAAGAGAGUGAUGAGCGUUCAUGGCGGCGAGAACCAAGUCAAACCCAAUUGAAUGGCACGCAUUUCCACGCGCGAACUCCUUCGCUUUCGCCCCCCAAAGCCAAAUCUUUACUCCUCACCCAAACACUACUCAUCAUCGCCUUCAUCUCUUAAACCCUGUUUCCUGAACCCCAGAAUCUUCUGGGUUCUCGAUUCAUGUCAAACCCUGGCCCAGCUCACCCAGCUCCAUACCCAAAUGGUCACAUGGGGCCUCUUCGAUGAGUUCUGGGCAAGAAAGCUUCUCAAGAGCUACUCGGAUUUCGGCGGCGUAGAUUACGCCGUUCUGAUCUUCAGGUACAUUACAAACCCUGGUGCAUUCUGCGUCAACACUGUAAUGAAGGCUCAUUUGGAUAGCUCCGACCCGCGUCGGGGUAUAAUGGUCUAUUUUGAAUCACUGAGAGGAGGGUUUGCUCCCAAUAGCUAUAGUUUGGUGCGGCUUUUGGGUUGUUGUAGUGAGCUGGGUGAUGUCGGGGUUGGGAUGAAGUGCCAUGGGCAGGGUUUGAAGCAUGGGGUGGGGACUGUGGUUCAGGUUGGCAACUCAUUGGUGCGUAUGUAUUGUUGCUGUGGUAAAGUUGAGCUUGCGAGGAAGGUGUUUGAUGAAAUGCCUGAGAGAGACGCGGUGUCGUGGAACGCAAUGGUGGAUGGGUACGCGAGGUUUGGGGAUUUGAAUGCUGGGGAGGAGGUGUUUGGUGCAAUGCCGGAGAGGAAUGUGGUUGCCUGGAAUGCGAUGUUGAGGGGGUAUUGGAAGGGAGGGAAGCCGGGGUUGGCGAUCAAGUGGUUUAGGAGAAUGGUGGAAAUGGGAGUGAAGGGGGAUGGGACGACGAUGGUGAACAUGCUUGCGGCGUGUGGGAAGUCGGCUAGGCUGAGAGAAGGAAGCUCAGUUCAUGGGUAUCUGAUUAGGGCGUUAAUGGAGGUGAAUAUAGUUGUUGGUACGGCUUUGAUUGAUAUGUAUUGUAAAUGUAAAAGGGUCGAAGCGGCGCGUGUGGUGUUUGCGAGCAUGGCACAUAGGAACUUGGUUUGCUGGAAUGCUAUGAUUUUGGGGAUUUGUUUUGAGGGAGAUCCUCAAGGUGGACUUAACCUGUUUAGUGAAAUGUUGGGUAGAACAAAGUCAGGGAAUGAGGAAACCGUCCCUGAGAAGAGAUUGUCGAGGUCAGAUGAGAGCAGAGGGGGAAUUCUCCCGGAUGAAAUUACUUUUAUAGGUGUUCUAUGUGCCUGCACGCGUGCUGGAUUGUUAAAAGAAGCCGAAGAUUACUUCAGUCAAAUGAUUAAUGUAUACCAUUUAAAGCCCCAGUUUGCACAUUAUUGGUGCAUGGCUAAUGUUUAUGUUCGUAUGGGGCUAACACAAGAGGCAGAGGAAAUAGUCAGGAAAAUGCCAGAAGUUGCUAAAGAUUUGUCAAAAGAAUCCUUGGCAUGGGCUAAUGUGCUUGGUUCAUGUCGUUUCCAGGGGGAUAUAACUGUAGGAGAACAAAUUGCAAUAUCUCUGAUUGACAUGGAGCCUCAAAACAUAGGAUACUACAGAUUAUUGCUGAAUAUUUAUGCUGCAGCGUGCCGAUGGGAGGAUGUAGCACGGGUUAAAAAGAUGAUGAGUGAAAACAAGCUCGGAAGGCUACCAGGCUGCAAUCUUGUGGACUUGAACGAAAUCGUUCGUACUAGUUGGUAAAUGUUGGCAAGAGGGAACUUGCUAUAUUAUGAUGAGUCGAGUGAACUCAUGAACUGAGAUGGCGUUUGUUUAGUACUGACUUUCAAUACCGGGGAUUGGCUCCAAAGAUACAGAAUUGUAAGUAUAAUGGGCAUGCCACAAAGGCAAUAGAAGAUGGUCCAAACAUGAGAGGACUAUAGAUGGUAGUUAUGGGGCCCCUGGAGAUGGGAUGUUUCAGACUGCUGGGGCUCUUAAAGCUUUUCCUAUAGCAAGAUGAUGGUGCAAAACAUUGUUUGUAUGUUGAGAUGUCACUUGAUUUUUUGCGCGGUAAUAAAAGUGUUCUUCAUUUAGAACGUCGGUGAUUCUUCGUUGUGCUUAACCCUCAAACUGAGGAAGCAGCAUUAGUUGCAAUAUAAGCUCUACCUUCAGAGUUUAGCAUUUCCCAGGGUGGGGG